CGCACUCUACACCAACCUUCAAAAUGGCCGCUAUCUCCGCUGUUGCCCCCGUCCUCAACAAGGCCCCCGUGGUCUCCACCGGCAAGGCCGCCAACACCAACUCCAUGAUGGUGUGGCAGCCCCACGGCAACAAGUUCUUCGAGACUUUCUCCUUCCUCCCCCCCCUCUCCGACCAGGAGGUCGCCCGCCAGGUCCAGUACCUCCUCAACAACGGCUGGACCCCCUGCAUUGAGUUCGAGUCUGCCGCCAAGGCCUACGCCGACACCCACGGCUGGUCCGGCCUCGACUCCUCCGUCACCGCGGGCUACUACGACAACCGCUACUGGGUCAUGUGGAAGCUCCCCAUGUACGGCUGCACCAACCCCGAUGAGGUCCUCCAGGAGAUCCGCGCGUGCACCCAGGCCUUCCCCGAGUGCUUCAUCCGCGUCGCCGGUUUCGACAACAUCAAGCAGGUGCAGUGCUCCUCCUUCCUUGCCCACCGCCCCACCGGUGACCGCACCUUCGCGCCCGUCACCGGCCGCCAGGUCGGUGGUGCCCGCCAGCAGUCCUCCGGCGGCUGGUAAAUAUCCGCUCACUUUAGCAUUUUAAAGUUUGCUUAGGAUAUUGAUCGGUUAGGGUUGGAUGGGAUUGGGCCAGACGCACGCAUUCGUGCGCCAAUAUCAUUUAUCUUGAUACACAUAACAACAUGCUAGACUCAUCGUAUUGUUGUAAUUGAACAGGACGAAACGUCUUUCAAAA